AUGGGCAGCCCCCGAUCGGCGCUGAGCUGCCUGCUGUUGCACUUGCUGGUUCUCUGCCUCCAAGCCCAGGAAGGCCCGGGAGGGGGGCCUGCGCUGGGCAGGGAGCUCGCUUCCCUGUUCCGAGCUGGCCGGGAGUCCCAGGGUGUUUCCCAACAGGUAACUGUUCAGUCCUCACCUAAUUUUACACAGCAUGUGAGGGAGCAGAGCCUGGUGACGGAUCAGCUCAGCCGCCGUCUCAUCCGGACCUACCAACUCUACAGCCGCACCAGCGGGAAGCACGUGCAGGUCCUGGCCAACAAGCGCAUCAACGCCAUGGCAGAAGACGGGGACCCCUUUGCAAAGCUCAUUGUGGAGACGGACACCUUUGGGAGCCGGGUUCGAGUCCGAGGAGCUGAGACAGGCCUCUACAUCUGCAUGAACAAGAAGGGGAAGCUGAUUGCCAAGAGCAACGGCAAAGGCAAGGAUUGUGUGUUCACGGAGAUCGUGCUGGAGAACAACUACACGGCCCUGCAGAACGCCAAGUACGAGGGCUGGUACAUGGCCUUCACGCGCAAGGGUCGGCCCCGCAAGGGCUCCAAGACUCGGCAGCACCAGCGCGAGGUCCACUUCAUGAAGCGACUGCCCCGCGGCCAUCACACCACAGAGCAGAGCCUGCGCUUCGAGUUCCUCAACUACCCGCCCUUCACGCGCAGUCUGCGCGGCAGCCAGAGGACUUGGGCCCCCGAGCCCCGAUAGGCCC